GAUUAAAAAUGGCCAAAAUGUGACUUACGGGGUGGUUCUGUUGGAGUUUAAGAGGUUCAGGGGAUUUGUUUGAGGAAAAAACAAACAAACAGACAUAUAGUUCGGUACAAGUUUCUAGUGGAAAUGUCAAAGGUAAGCAUGGAUCCUUUGGCGCUUGAUGAACCGAUAAUUGAGGAGAAAAGAGAAGUUGCCCCACUGUGGGAACAUGAGGCGCUUGCACAGAUCCCUGUAAAGGUGUUAAGAGGACAUGAUGAUUCUGUCACCAGCUGCCACUUCUGUUUCCAUGACACCCGACUUCUCACUAGCUCCUAUGACAAGACCGCGAUAUUCUGGGAUGUGGAGACAGGAACUCCAUUGAUGGUGUUGAAAGGUGGACACUCAGCAGUCAUCACUGAAUGCUGUUUGGUGCCAGAAAAAAACAGAGUAGUAACAUCCUCCUGGGACAAGAAUGUAAAUGCCUGGGACUUGGAGACUGGCAAAAUACUGUGGACAGUAAAGCAGGGGGGUUUGUUGAUGUCAUGCAGCGUGUCGGGGGAUGGGACAUGCGUUGCCUCUGCCUCAGACACAGAGAAUGCUCUUUACCUCAGCUGUGCCGACACAGGACAGAGACUGCACUACAUGAGAGGCCAUCAUACGUCCACAGUGAUGAGCUGUCAGUUUGAUGCUCAGAGUCAACAUUUGGCCAGCACGUCAGUAGAUGGGUCCAUUAAAUUAUGGGACCUCUGCUCUCACAAAACCACUCUGACCAUUAACAGCGGCCACACCAAUGUUAUCUCCAGCUGCUGCUUCACCCACGACAGCCGCUACUUGUGUACAGCAUCGUGGGACCGCACUCUGCAGCUGUGGGAUGUGCAGACAGGUUCAUUCCGCACCAGGGGAGGGGUGCAGCUCUGCAGGGGCCAUGAGGGCAGUGUCAGCUCCUGUGCCUUCUCCAGUGACGCCUCAGUUCUUGUGUCUGGUGCAUAUGACAGGACUGUAGCACUGUGGGACAUGAGGGGACUGUGUAAAAUCCUGACAUUGAAGGGACAUUUGGAUUGGGUGACAGAUGUGGACAUCAGUGCUGAUAAGAAAUGGGUGGUGUCAUCCUCCAAGGACUCUACAGUGCGUUUGUGGAACAUUGAGCAGUGUGAGCACAUCCCCGCUGUAAUUGAGACCAGGAGAGCACAGGGCAUGGGCCUUCAGACCCUCAAGUGUGAAGAAUGUGGGAAACCUUUUUCUGUCUCUCGCAUGGAGAACACUAACCUAAUCACGAAAUGUGUGUUCUGUCGACGGAAGGCUCCAAACAGACAACUGCCCGCGCCUCCAUGUGUUUGAUAGCUCGAGAGCUAUCAAAAAACAAAACAAAACAACUUAUGAUAGCUAUCUUAGCUUCUGUCCCCAUUAGGACAUGUAAUCCAUCGUAAGAAGUAAUUUAGCUAGCUAGCUAAUAAGCCAAAAUAAGUUUGUUAUUAACAGCUAGCGAGAGCGAACGAUAAGAACGAUACUUUAGCUACACUAAAGAAUGCAGUACUUAAAACAUAUGUAAUAGUGUCAUUUACAUUCAUACAGUUGGAUACAAUAGAUAUAUAAUUCAAUUACACAUACUUGAGCUGUAAUUUGAGGUUCGACGCUUGGCGGCGCCGUGGCUUAGUUGGUUAAAGCGCCUGUCUAGUAAACAGGAGAUCCUGGGUUCGAAUCCCAGCGGUGCCUUUUGUGAAUUUUACGGCAAAGACUAACAUGCUUACCAAUUGCGCAUAUUACUGUUAAAAUGU